AUGUCUAACGAAGAAAGAACUUUUAUUGCCAUUAAGCCAGAUGGUGUCCAAAGAGGUUUGAUCAACAAGAUCUUGGGUAGAUUUGAAGACAGAGGCUUCAAGUUGGUUGCCAUCAAAUUGGUUAAGCCAACCGAAUCCUUGUUGAAGGAACACUACGCCGACUUGACCACCAAGCCAUUCUUCCCAUCUUUGUUGUCCUACAUGUUGUCUGGUCCAGUUUUGGCUACCGUCUGGGAAGGUAAGGAUGUUGUCAAGCAAGGUAGAGCUAUCUUGGGUGCCACUAACCCAUUGAGCUCUGCUCCAGGUACCAUCAGAGGUGACUUCGCCAUUGACAUGGGUAGAAACGUCUGUCACGGUUCUGACUCUGUUGAAUCUGCUAACAAGGAAAUUGCUUUGUGGUUCAAGAAGGAAGAAUUGGUUGACUACAAGCACUCCAUGUUGUCCUGGAUCUACGAGUAA